CAUCUCUGGUCUUAGCUUUAGUUCAGUAUGAGAUAUGACUGUAAACAUUCAUGUUUGAAUGUUACGCUUGCAGAUUGUGUUUGUUUUGUGCUUUAAAAAUUAUAGAACCUCAUUGUGAAUCUCCCGCACUGUGAAUAUGAAUCAAUCGCUUCUAUUCAUCCUGCUAGCAGCAUUGUUUGGCUCAGCAAUAGCCGUGCGCUGCUUUCAAUGUUCCUCGCAGACCGAUCCGAAGGGGGUGGACAACUGUGGAGCCUAUAAGGCGUUCAACCGGACCCAGAAUAUUGCCAUCGAAUGUAACAGUGACGAAUCUCAUAUGCCCGGGUCGUUUUGCAUGAAGGUCGUCCAACAGAGUCCCAGGGGUUUUAUUUGGGACGGUCGGUGGCGUCAGGUCAUUCGGCGAUGCGCCUCGGUUUCCGAGACCGGUGUAACUGGCGUGUGCAACUGGGGAGUUUACGAAAAUGGCGUCUACUGGGAGGAAUGCUACUGCGCUGAGGAUGGUUGCAAUCGUGCUGGCAAAUCUGUAACCAUUCCGACAGUUGCGUUCGCGUGUCUGCUAGGUUUAAGCCUAAUGGGUAGUCGAUUUUUCGUCUAGAAAAGCUGGACACAUUACGAUGAGUGUAAUGCUUUAAUGUAAGAACAUUCGGUUAAGUAAGGCUACGAUUAUGGACAAAACGAAAGCACAGUUACAACUCUAUUACCGUUACAAAACAUGUGCCUGAUCUAAUGUAAAUCACAUUCCGUCCAUUUUUUUGACAAAAGCGUACAAGAUAAGUUUUGAUAAAACCAUGAUUAUUACACUAGACAAUUUUUAAGUUGAUCAUUUCGGAUGACAGCAACCCUAUAGUUUUGUUUUUCUCAUUUUAUUUUACAAAUUUAUUUUCGCACAGCAUAUCUUUGAUUAAACACUUGUACAUUUAUUUUGUUAUUGCUAAUGCUAGCUCAACUGGACUUUAAAUUCUGAUAAUAUUUUACUUUUUCCAACAAAUUUUAUCUACUUGAUUUAGUUGCAUGUUGAUGUUUAUAAUAUGGGUUUUAUUAUAUGAGUAUAACUCUAUAGUCCUCUUGAAUAUCUAACACUUCCAUAAAAUCUAUUCACCUAAGGAUACACGAGGAACAUAAACGAAGGAUAUUUUUUUAACUAAUCUUCACUAAUUACAAUGAUUUGGGGACGUUUGUAACACACAUUUUAGGUAUAAUAAAACAUGAAGCAUCCCCAUUUAAGCAAAUUUUAUCGCCACACGUGUUUUUUUCUGUUUUGUUUUUGUUUUUAACUUCUCCUAGUCAUAGAAAAGCAAAGCCUUGGUGCUACAUUCCGUAUCGGAACUCGACCUCCUGUUUAUUAUACACAGACUUCGCAGCCAACUGUUGAGUGUACAGGACAAUUGCGGGGCUAGCGCUACGAUCCUACUAACACUAACAGUCUCUCCCGAGCCGAGACUCAAACAUACGACGACUGGCUUGUUAAGCCAGCAUCUUACCUCGAGACCAGCUGGGAGAAUCUCCUAGUAAUUUAUUCACCAGAAAAAUUAGCGGUCUGAUAUCAUCGUUCACGGAAGCCCAUCAUCAUGGUUUCGCUUUACCCACUUCCGUCAUGCAGGACCCAAACCCGUCGUCGCUCUGCUUAGACUGAGGUUGAAAAGUCGCUGUGCACCGAAAACGAAGCGUUAAAUUAAAAUCCAGAUUAUGCGCUUUAAUUCCUAGCGGCGAUGACGAUCACACAUGACAUUGUGAUCUCGGAUAAUUCUGGCACGAGGAGAUAAAAGGGAAAGGAUACCGCGAGUAAUAGUUGCAGCGGCUUUUGUAAGUGCUUUGAGGCAGAUAGGCUUGCAUCGUUUUUAAUGUUAUGCACUGAAUAUUAUUUUUUUUCGCUCUGUUCUUCAAAGAAGAAGAGUUUUCUGUAUGGAGUAUGCUAAUAUUGAUUUUACAUGGUAUUUUAUGCUAGAAUCACAUAAUGGCGAAGAAGUGUUACUCGCGAUGUUUGUUCGUUUUCUGAAGAUUAAGUUUUUUUAUAAUAAAUUAAUACUAAAACUAAUUCAACUAAUUAGUAUGUUUUUGAAUUUUUGUAUUUUAAAUUCAGUGUUUGACCUUUAGGAACUUGUUGCUUGGAAUUGUUACACUUAGAGAAAAUGCUACACUCCUGGAACUUGACAAAGUUCAAAUCAUAGAUAAAAUUCAAAGGUUCUUACAAUUUCUUUACUAAUUCUAUUGAGAAAAUCAAAAAUUUUAAAUAUCAUUUGAUAAACAUUGAGUUGGAACGAUUAUCUCACAAUAUGACUUAACCAAGGCUGAGAAAAUUAGCUAUACAUUUAGGACGAAUUUCGAUAACAAUUACAAUUCCAGGUAAUUUUAAAGUAUGAUAAUAUCAACUAUAACUGAGUAUAAUUCAUUAUAU